AUGACCGACCAACGCUGGUUAGACCGGAAAGUUAACACCGUAGCAAAUAAGAGGAGCUUCUGGAUCCUUUAUCUCGCCAGUGUCCUCGUCACUGGAAUCGUGGAGUUGGGCCUUAACCUGAAAAUCUACCUAGACUUUCUACAAAUCACAGACGGCCUCGUCUAUGGAGCAGUGUCCAAGACAACCCUCUCCGCAAUAUUGGUUAUGAGCAUCAUGCAGAGCGCAUUCCUCGGCCUGCAAUGCGUCUGUGCCCUCUACACACUUCGACGGUUUUCCCUAGGCCUGCUUGCCUUUGACUGCACUUGCCUCCUCUAUAUGCUUCUGUGCAGCGUGCCCCUCCUCUUCCUCCAGUUUAGUGUGCAUGGAUGUGAUGACUUUCCCUCCUCAACGGCCUUCUCAGUCAAGGCGGGGCUCUACAUUCUUCAGUGUGUCCUGCACCUCCUUCUCCUAAUCGUAUUGCUGAGAUUGUUGAGCUUGGGGGUUCCAAAUGAGGAAACUGGCGGCGGUCCUUGGUCCGGCGCUGCUACCGGACGCAGUAGGAGCUCUAUGGAGCACACACCACUCAAGCAAAAGGAGCAGCUCAUUGCGCGUUCCCUUGAAGCCGUCGAGGGUAGAUCAGGCCGAAUAGCCUGGAGGAGUGUGCGCGGGCUUCUCUUCGGCUGUGUUUGUCUCAACUUUUGUAUCUAUGUCUUGGCACUGGCAGCCGCCUGUUAUCAGGGACACAACCUCAACGGCAAUCGGGACAGCCAAUUAUGGACAGACUAUCUGAGCGACGUUGACAUAUUCAUGCCCGCAGAGGAGGUAGAAGCCAUAAACAGUACGACGACUAACGAAUGGGUUCGCCUUACCAGCGUUAGCAGUGUGAUCCGUAACCAGUUGGAGGGAUUUUCUCCAGUGAUUGUUGUGGAUCAGAUGGAACACCAGUUGGCAGUUUCAACGGUAUUGAAAUACAGAAACGGGACGAGAACGACCAUGCCAACUUGUUGGAAGAAUAGUUCCGACGAUGGUAGUAUCAAGGAGGAGAAAUGUGAUGAUAAGUACCAUCCAGGAGAUGGGCACGACUUCCAUCAAAAUCUGACAAACUCCAAAGUGAUUACCUUUUUCCGGUUCCACUACAAGAACGAAUCCUCAACUCGCCCUGUGAGACAGAUCCUUUACAGUGCUCUGAGAUACAGAAGAGGGUAAUUUCACGCUUAUUGGGUGGACUGCUUUUUCAGACAAAUUGCUAGUUUUAAUUAAAAGUACAGUAACCGAGAUAAGCAAGGGGUACCUCCUCCUCCUCCUCCUCCUCCUCCUCCUCCACCACCACCACCACCACCACCAUCAUCAUCAUCCCCACGAAGCAAAGCAAAAUACCAAUUCCCAACUCCAUUAGGUGUACGAUAUUGAUUUAAAAGAAGGCUGUUAGGAUCAUGAAGUAACUGCCUAAUUAGUCGCGCAAUAUUUCAUUGGGUUAGGCACACCGCCAAGUCAAGGUUUAGGGUCAGUGGGACCUGUCCAGUCUUGAGGAAUACAUGGUCUGUCGUAUAUUUUGCGCUCCUUUUCAAAAAAUCUUCAUUCUCAGCUAUUUAGUUCAUCACAUGCACACUGCAGCCUAACUUCCUCACUGAUUCUUAAAUUAGUUUUCUGACUACUAAUUUUUUGGGGGGAGGGAGAGGAUUAUAAAUGCCCUGUUUCCAUAGUUACUCCUUGGAAACCUAUGCGGAUUUCUUUUCCCCAUUCCCUCUGUUGUAAGUCAAAGUGAUUUUUCACAUUUAUGUUCCAAAAUUGCGGAAAUAAUUCAAAUGGCAAUUUAAGGAAUUACGCGUUUUUAAUCCAUUUCUAUGGCUGUCCACCAAUACCUGAAAGUAUUUUCGGUGUCAGGCUUCCGACAUAACCCUCGAACGCUGGCUUUUGACUCAUCCUCCUAACUGAACUGUUUGUUAUUCAGAUGACACUGAGCGGUGGGUAAACUAGUCCGCGUGGAUCACUAACUGAAUUUGUAAAGCUCGGCCUGGAUUGGGAAGGAUUACUUAGACGGAAAUGCGACACCGGCUGACAUGUGACAUAAAUCCAAGGUUUUUCAUGCACGCCAGACUGCUGGCCUUUCCACCGCGGUCACCUGCGGAAAUCAUAUUAAAAAGUGGCCACUUUAGUGGUGGCUAUUUUUCAUAUACAGUAGGUGGACUAACUCAUGAAAUGUCAACUGGAAUUCCGAAAUGGAUUUUCGGUUCGGAAAGAUUAAUUAAGUAGGGUUGUAAAAUUAGUCAGUCUGCAGUAUAACUCCAUAAUAAUUUAGUUACCUCAGGAUGCCGGCUGUCGAAAGAACUUCCUUUCGGCUGCAUGCAAAAACUACACUCUGUAAAAGUUGACUACUUAUGUAGCAUGCAUUUUUCUCAUUUAUUUGCGAUGCCCUUAAAAGUCCAAUUAUAUUUCAUGGAAAACAUGCAUAAAAUAUGCAUUCUUUCGCUCACUCGGUAGAAAAUUACGUCUUCUUCCAAUUUUAUACUCGACGGAAGGGUAUUAUGAGGUUUUCAGAAACUGUUAUAAUUCCAGAAUAAUUUUGAACGUGACCUGCUGUUACACCUGCAUUCAGGGUUUCUAAACUACAAACCAUGUAUUUUCCGCGUACGGAAAACCGCACAUUUCUCUACGGUUUUAAGAGGAGACCAUAUGGGGUUCAUAAAAUUUAGCAUUGGAUUUGAUCCAUACUGUUAUCUUUACAAGCCACAUUGGUAAAUGCAGAGACAUGACGUUUUAUGAACGGUUAUUUCACGGUAGUAAAAUUCUCACAACUAGAAACUUUUUAAAAACCGAAUGAUGUCCCUCCUUCGAGUAUAAAAUUGAAAGAAGACGUAAGUUUCUACCGAAUGAGCGAAAGAAUGCGUAUUUUUAUGCAUGUUUUCUAUGAAAUAUAAUUGGACUUUUAGGGGAAUCGAAAAUCAAAGAGAAAAAUGUAUGCCACUUAAGUAAUCAUUUCUUACAGAGUAUCGUUUUUGCAUGCAGCCGAAAGGAAGUUCGUUUAAAGGCCGGUAUCCUGAGGUAACUGAAUUAUUAUAGAGUUAUGCUGCAGGCUGACUAGUUUUACAAUCCUACUUAAUUACUCUUUUCGAAACGAGAACGCAUUUCGGAAUUUCGGUUGACAUUUCAUGAGUUAGCCCACCUACUGUAUUUUGGAGGCGUUUACAAAUCUGGGCAUAUUUGUUCAUUUUGCAGAACGCUAUGUCUACUUCUAAUUUUAUACUAGAUGAAAUGAGACCCUUCGGUUUAAAAAGUUUACGGAUGGUUUUCAGACUCUGAAGCGUUUAUCCAACGAGCAUUAUAUCCUCUCGGUUACUACUGCUGCUGGUUGAAUAUUCAACGAUAUCCAUAUCGUAACAUUUCAUGCGUGUUAGAUGAUGCCUUCCCGAUAGCGUAGGAAUGGGUGAUUUCUUUGAAAUGAAAGAUGUAUAGUGUGUACUUUUAAAACUCCAAAAGCAAAUGUGAGACGGGUAGGAAUUACACUUUUACCUUCGAAAAACAUCCUUUCACCCAGUAUAGCUUUUAGAAAGAUAAUUUGCUAUGAAAAGGAAGUCUUUUUGCCAGCAUAUUGACGCAGGACCACCUCUAAAAAGGGAAUGAUGGUAAAAAAGGUGUUUGACGGAUGGAUUUUAACCGCCCUACCAAAAGUUCAGUGGCUAUCCUGUUUCUGGGUCAGUUAUCAGGCCUCUUCUCAAAAAUGGUAGAGCAGCAUUUUCUUUACGCGAUCGCGCAAUUCCCUAUUGACUACUUCUCGUGCUGCGCGGGGUUGGAUUCAGAGUUACCUGGUACAUCAAACCAAGUAGAUGGCGUAAAUGGGAUUUUAUGACUUGUCGCAUAACUUCCACCCACGGCCCGUUCUUUUAAGAGUCCAUAUCCAUAAAACCCCUUUUACCACCGUUCCAGCGACAAAGUGCUGGGGGGAGGGGGGGGGGUGGAUAUAUUCAUAUCAAACUGUCAUUUUUGGCGAGUGUGAGUUCCGCAUAUAACCGAAAAGGCAGCGCCCUGGUAUGUGUGAAAUACCUUGGACUUACGCUGUAUGCUAGCCGGUGUUGAAUUGUCACCUAAGUAAUCCUUUUUCAGCCGAUCAUAUUUUACAAUUCUUGUGAAUAUUUCAGGAAUUAGGUCACCUGCUGUACGUGACAUGCUUUAGACGACCUUCUUGUCACGUAUGCCACUGAAUUCAACCCUCCGUUGUUUUAGCUCAGCCAAGUCACGGAAAAAUGGCUUCAUGGUGAGAUUGAUUCAGCUAGAACCAAGCACUCAUGUUUUAGAGGAAAAAUCCAAACGUUACUACUAACGUACAUCAAGCUACGGAAAUCAAAUAAGUAGACACGAUUUAUGAAUAUAUCGCAGUUCGUGGGGUUCUAUUCCCCCUGUCUUGAUGGUUUGAACGUCGCAUCCGACGAUGUCCACCGUGUGCUCCACAGCAAUAUGAAGCAGGCGCGGUAACUUGCGUGUGGAUUAGUUUAUAGCGAGAGUAGACAACUGGGAGACUGCGUGGACUGGGUUGGACCGUCAGUUGGCAGCCUUCCGAGCCACGGCCAUGGCACACCAUGGUAGUCUCAGACUGGGGUCACACAUAAAUCAGGGGGCGGGUGCAUGGAGAUGGAGACGAGAAGCACACUUCCAACUUGCGUGGAAUGUGACAAUCGAGUGCUCGUAGUGAUGCUUUUGUUGUUUGAUGCGCGUGCUGGUGGGGCUGUGCGAUGAGGACGGCGGUUGUCUGCGGCAGAUUUUCGUGAACGCGUAUGUGACCUAAUAAGCGCAUGCGCUGAGUGAAUGUACGGACACAGCGAGGGCAGCUAAGGUGGAUUCAGUGAGUGCAAAAUGGCGCUCCAAGCACUGAUUCACCAGUCUCUGCUCGGUGGAUCUGCAAGUGAUCGACCGGGCCGAUGUGUGAGGUGAAUGUACGAUCGCAAUGGGGACAGGUAUGAACCGAGUCCGCAUCGUUGGAGAUGGGAGUUUUGGUGGCGAUGGUAGAAGGUAAUGGGACAUCAGACGUCGUCCCAUGGGUGGGGAGAGUGCGUGAAGGCGUGGUGGUAGUGGUGAUGCUGGCCGCUGCGGUCGAUGCAGAGGUUGGGGCAGGGCGGAUGGUGUCGGCGGGGCAGCGACAUUGUGAUCGGCGGUGCGGGUUUUGCGGUAGGAACGAGAGUGGGUGGAGAUGUAGAGGUUGUCGGGUUGAUGGCGUAUUGAGUCCGAAGGUGUCCAAUGAGACCGAAUAUGAGUUGGCAGCACGGGCAUGUUGGAAGCGGCGGAUGAUUAGCAUUGAGGAGGCGAGGCACUUACGAUUUUCGAGCCUCCCGUUUGGCUUUGGUGGCGGCGAUCCGAUUUGCUUUGUAUAUGGCAGUACCAGUCUUCACUCCUCUUCUUCAGGCCAGUCUGUUCUGGGCGAGGUCCUCACGGGUCUCUGGAACGAUAUAUACUCGAGUAAGAGAAUUCUUAAAUGUGCCCUUGUAGCGCCGUUUUGGUUCUCCCGAUCGGCGAGCAUCAGUGGCGACAUCACCAUAGAAGAGUUAUUUUGGCAAACGUCACGAAAUGGCCGCUCCAUUGCAGACGCAGGUGUCUCAGCAUAUGAUGAAUGCUGAGGAGUUCCUUCCGUACUAGAACUUCCCUGUCCGGAAUCCUGUCUUAUUACCUCAUCUUUAGUACUCUGCGAAGGCAGUUGAAAUGGAAGAGGUUGAGCUUCUUGGCAUGACUGGAGUAGACGGUUCAGGUCUCCGCUCCGUAGAGAGGUGUCGUCAGGACGACGGCCCUGUACCUCUUCAGUUUGGUAUCCAGUUGGAAGCCGUGGCGAUUCCGCACGGGGUCCCGUAGUCGACCGAAGGCCUGGCUUACCCUCCUAGUAAACAACCUAACGUUAUCUUAAACCACUGCCACGUGUAUUCGUGGCUUGGAAGGUUGUCAGGUAACGAGACAUCUUAAUCUUAUUCAUGGGCGAGGCUCGGGCGUCAAGUGCUCCUUCGCGUAGCCUCUUACUUACGUAAACCUUCAACUCAGCCCGUGUGAAACACGUAGAAAAGCUUUGCUUUUUGUCAACCACCGCGCCUACGCCAGACCUUUUGCCUUGGUCUUACCAUCAGAAUGCAGCAGGCGAUUUGGUGGAUAGGGUGAAGGAGAUACAUCGAAAGAUCGCUUCACAUGCACCACACCACUGUUCCAACCUCAUCGGGUAGCGAUGGACCUCGUCGAUUGCGAAGAUCAAGCUCUCAGUCGUCUGGAAAAUCAAGAUCCGUCGUCUGUUGACGAGUAGUUAACAAUCGGGAAAUAUUGUCGGAAAAGGCCCAAUGCGAUACUGAACUCGGUUACAUUUCACGAGUCUGGCGAACGGCAACAAAAAAAACUGACAUGACCGUUUCGAAAUCCUUCGAUUUCGUUAGCAGCGUCUCUUGAUUUAAAUAGGAUUCACCCCUUUAAUAUUUAAAUACCCUUAGUCCAAAAUCAUGGAAUGUUUCAAGAAACUGUUCGCAAUCUCUUUAACAGCAGUAAGUUGCCAUUAAAAAGGAUCUAGUGCCCAUUGUACACAAAAUUCUAAUUUAUUUUUUCAUCUUUUUGGACCUACAAAUAGAAAAGUUUGCUUGAUAUGCCUCUUUAUGGGUUAUCAAACCUAUAUAAAUUAGUAUUUGUAGGAUGAUUUACGACAAAGACGGGUGAGACUACGGAAGCGACAUCCGAAUCAGCAUCUUUUGCUGGUAGACAUUCCUUUUGUAUUAGUAAUCGUCGCUGUGCGACUAUCGUCGAGGUUUCUUCACUGGAGCUGCAAAGCACAACAGAAAGGCCAUGGCCCCACAACCAGGUCCAUAAGGCGCCAUCUUCACACGAGUCACGAUGUCCUGUCUAAUUUAAUCGGUCCCAACUACCUUAACUGUUUGGUUGAGUCAAGUGCUACAUGACUUGCCACGCUGGCAACACCAGACAGAAGCUCAGAGACGCGUUUUCCACUGAUCUUCUGUUGCUACAUGACAGGUACGGCUCAACGUCACGCUCCCGGGGGCUCUUAGUCUUCUUUCUGGUAUAUUAACUCCAGCUCCCAUGUUGUCCUUUAUAGCUUCCCCAAAAAAUUAUGCGCGAACUGAGAGUAAAUCCUUCGGCAUAAGGCUUUUUAGGUUCACUCCGAAAACUGAUAUGAAUAACUGGGGUGAGAUCUAUCAACUACUGCGAAAUAGUUACAUAACAUUUACAAGCUACUAACAUGACGUCAGUAGUAUGCAUAUACCCAAUUGUUUACCGUUCCGACCGUUCGGGUACUACCUAGAGGUUCAUCAUGGCGUAAAACCUACGGAACAAGGCCUUUUAGGUCUUGGGCUUCUAACUAUCAUCUGUCCUGUCAGAGAAGUAAUCCGGUAAGCAUUUGCCUCCUACUGACUGUCUGCUCUCAGCUGUGUAAAUAUUAUGCGGUUAUUCCUCAGUAGCCAAUGGGUUUCACCUUGAAUGGUCCUAUCAACUUCCGGAACGAGCCUAAAAAGCUUUGUUCCGAAGCAUUCGCUGCAGGUUUACAUAUUAAUUUCCGAGGGGACUAAAAAGGUUACAGCGUGUUCCCUGCGGCUGAGAUAAUUGACCGACACUUUUGACGUUUUUGCCAAUCGAAUUAAUGCUGUGGUUUGACUCGUCAGUCGAGAGAAAGAAUGCGGAUUGUCAUCCAAGGUACGCGUUUUGUCGAUUUUCUGCUGCCAUAUGACUCAACCGCGAGAGGUUUAGCUGGGUCUACCCAGAGUUCCCCAGGCAAAUUCUUUCCCCACCCCAGUUUUUCAGGUUUAGUUUAUAUUCCUUUCGAAACCCAAGAUGUUUCGCCACAAAGAGUUCACUCCGAAUUCACAAACUGAUCCCAAAUGAAAUUGUAAGCCACAGAAUAAACCCUACUUAACGCAGUCCUUUUAGAAAAGUAGAAUUCUGUCAUUUGCCCAAGGUAGCAUGAACAAUGACAUAAGGGAAGGAUUGUUGAAUAAAACGGAGGGAACUGGAAUGGGAUUUUUUGCAGUCGAUAAGCGGCCAUACCCCAAUGCCGUUUUCCCUUUAGUUCAGUUUUUGCUUUCGUUUUUGAGGCUGUCUGCGUGUCCAAACAAGUACCAGUCCUCAACCUACCCCAUCUUGUGUUUUUUUUUUAAACAGCCAACCCAAUCCUGAACACAUCGCCUUGGAUUUGCGUUUUGCCAGAAACCGACGCAACGGGACGCAAGAAAACCCCAAUAGUGAAGAACUGUUGCCUUUUACAUGCCAAGGUACCAAUUGUUCCGGCUACAGAUUCGGAAGAAACUUGGAGAAAGUUAGUGAAGUUUGGCGCACCGGAAUAUUCGCAUGCUUUUCGUCGGCACCACAAGGGCCCAUCCGCAUCUCGCAAUUCUGAUAGGCAGUCUGUCCGGCAUUUGCUAGCCAUUUAAUUGUUUUUAGGCAGACAACCAACUGCGCAUUUAUCAGCAUCUGUUAUUCGCAGUUUUGUGUACCGUUAAAAAUCUAGGAUAGCUUUCUAUCUAUAAACUUUCUUUCGUUCUCUUAGUUGAAAAGUGGACUUUUAAAAAUAGUCAGACCUCUUACUUGAUUGUUUGUAUUGAGUGGGAAGCGUAUUUUUAGCUUACUCGCCCGAGUGUCUGGCAGGUAGCUGAGCUUUUCCCAUUUCGUAUCAGCACCUGAGAUCGCGCCAGCCCUAAAAAUCGACUUCCCGCAGCAGCAUGCCUGACUGUUCUUAUAAGAAACAGCAUGGAAGUUAAAAAUAACACUUUCUUUCACAUGAUUAGAGACCGAUAAGUAUGUCAUUAGCAGCCACUCAACAAACCGCCCUCAUAAUCUAUAUGUUACGACGGGAAAAAACCAAAUCCUGCAGGCAUACAGUGCGUGACCUAUCUCAUGAAAUGUUGACUGAAAUUCUGAAACGCGUUUUCGAUUAGGAAGGAUUACUUGGUCGCGGCUGUGAUAAUGAUUAUCUUAAGGCCUACUCUUAUAACAUUUUAGACUUGGCAGGAUGUCGGCUUUGGAAUGCACCUCUUUUCAAUCUCCUGUAGAAAGCGUGCUCGGUAAAAAAAAUGACUACUUAAGUAGCAUGCAUUUUCCCCAUUGAUUUUCGAUGGUCUUGCAAAUUCAAAUAUAUUUUAUAGAAACCACACACAAAAAUAUGCUUUCUUUUAGUCAAUCAAUAGAAAAUCACGUCUUCUUUAUAUUUUAUACUUCAGGAAGGAGUACAAUUAGGUUUUAAAAAAGUUUCUAAUUGUGAGACUUUAAGACCUCGAUAUGUCCAUUCACAUAGCAUCGUACCUGGCCGUUUACCACUGCUCCUCAUGAAAUGUAAAACAUGGUCCGCAUCCAUUGCAAAAUUUUAUGGACCCUGUAUGAUAUCUCUUUAACGACAGAAAAAUAUGGGAUUUUCUUUACGCGGAACGAAAGCACCUUGUAGACUGAAAUCACUAAGCGCUAAUGCAACGAAUGAUCAGGCUCCAAAUUUUUCGGCAAUUAGAAAACUUUUUAAAACCUAAUUUUACUCCUUCCUUAAGUAUAAAAUAUAAAGAUGUAAUUUUCUAUUGAUUGACUAAAAGAAAGCAUAUUUUUGUUUGUGGUUUCUAUAAAAUAUAUUUGAAUUUCCAAGACCAUCGAAAAUUAAUGGGAAAAAUGCAUGCUAAUUAAGUAGUCAUUUUUUUUACCGAGCACGCUUUUUACAGGAGAUUGAAAAUAAGUGCAUUUAAAACCUGACAUCCUGCCGAGUCAGAAAUGUUAUAAGAGUAUGCCAAAAGAUAGUCAGUCUAACAACCGCGACCAAGUAAUCCUUCCUAAUCGAAAACGCAUAUCAGAAUUUCAGUCAACAUUUCAUGAGAUAGGUCACGCACUGUAUAUGACCCUGCCAAAGGCACAACAUAUUAAAUCUCAUGGUGGUGGUGUACAUCGACCUGUUUUCAUUGCCGGACUGAAGUGGACAUUUCCGUUGCGCCUUGGAUCUGAAAGUCUGCGGACCAGACACGAUGGCAUGACAGCUAAGGCUGAAUAGUCGAGAAGUUCGGCUGAAUAAGACAUAAAUACUAGAGUGGCCAUUCAUGGCUGCGUUGCUGGUCCGUACGGUGGAGUGCGUUUGAGGUAGUCCUGGUUGCUCACAAGAGGCUUGAACUGGAAUCAGUUGAGCAUUGGGAAACGUCCUCCCGACUAGGGGUUCGCGUCAAACUCGGCACGUGCAGCUUAGUGUUGAGGUUUCCAUAGCCAGUGACAGCAAAUGAACCAAAAAUGGAAAUUCCACUACCCCUGCCUUUGUCGAUAAAUCUGCCCCUUCAUUAUUCAUGGCUAGUUGGUAUAUAGAGGCCUGCAUCGGAAAGCCUGCAUCGUAGGCCCUUAUCUCCGAGGCAAACACGAGGAUGCUUUUCAGAAUUUGAUGUGGGAAUCUGGAGUAUACUUUGCAUCCUAUCCAAAACAAGAAAUUUUCAAACUGAUUACACCUGAUACACCGCAGAAGGCCCUUUAUGUGAUCUCGUAGCACCAGCAUACCAGAAACCUAUUCGUGCACUAACAGAGAGCGAGAGACUAGAACUGGCAUUACUGCCUCAAAUACUGCUCCCAGUCCUGCUCAGACCCGAGUGGAAUGAAGAUUUAAACGGGUCACAACACCUUGAAAAUGCACACACAACCUGUCUUGACUCUCAGCUACGGACCCACCUGAUGUCUGAUGUAACUGGUACUAUUUAAACGACAAGAAUGUCCCACUCAGGAAGGCAACCAGGGGUGAUAGGGUAACCCUGGUCCGUACCGCAGUAAGCCCAGAUUGACAAAUACCGUUAUUAAUGUAACUAUUCCUGCUUUUUAUCCUGUAGCUGUAGAGUCAAGAUUUGCUUCCCACUGACAUUUUGAUACGUAUGUAGGAUCAUGUCCACGUUUCAAUUUGAAUGUAACAUUAGCGCGACCAUUGAUGGCGUUGUGACUACUGAUAACCAAAACAGCUUGAACUUCCCUCAAAUGUUUUUUUCGGAUUCCCCUAAAUGCGGUUGUUUUUGCUAGGUUAUGGAAGAUAGGUAUGCUUCAGUCAGGUCUCCUCAGGAGAAAAAUACUACUGCCAGCAGCCAGGGGGACCGGAAUGCCCAUUCAUCCUUUAUUUGUCAACAUCAAUAAGUCAUAAUAGCCCAACCCGGGACUCCGAACACAGCUGCCCAUUGGCUAGCAGUCGAGCCACGCGCUCACGUAUUGUCGCUACUUAUCGGGACCAGCCAAAGACCCCUGCCAGUUCUACUAUCUUGUCUAUCCCACUUAAAGAGCGAAAUGUCGAUGCACAAUAGAUAUUUUAACCGAUAUUCUAAAAUGCGUUUUCAACUCAAAGAUAUUACUUAACUAGUGUCGUCAUGCUUAUUAUCGUGCCACAUAAUGUCAAGAUGUUCCAGCCACGUCAGGAUGCCGGCUUUCGAAUGAGGCUUCUUAUCGACAACUUGCAUAAGCUUAAUUCCGUACAAAUGAAUACUUAAGUAGCACAAAUUUUCCCAUUCAAUUUCGAUGCCUUUAUAAAUCCAAACAUGUUUUGUAGAAAACAUGCACAAAAAGUGUUCUUCCUUUUACUACCCAACUUCGUCUUCUCACCGAACAUCCACGUUUUGAUGUCUCGACCAGUGCCUAUUAGUAGUAACUUCCCUCAGCAUCCAGUGCUUUGACCACUGCUAUUCAGCAUACGCAUAUGACCUCCUAAAUUGUAACGUUAUUGGUUAACUUCCGUAUUUCUAAAGGUUAUUUUGAAUGCGCGUUUGAAUAACUGAAUGGAUAUUAUGGAUAUUCAGAAAGUCCAACCGUUUCGGUCAGUCGGCCAAUACUGCAUUCAACAGUGGCGCCCCUGGAUGACCGAAAUUUACACUGUUUUGGAGAAAUUGAAACUGAGAGCGACGAGUUUAGGCCUUCCUGGUCAACUAAAAAUGUCUGAACAUUUCCUCUUUCUUAUAGAGAGUACGGAACUAAUGAGAUCAGGAUGUUUAAUAUCAUGGAGGGAAGGAAAUGGGCUUUUCAACGGGGGAUUUUUGAACUAGCGCAAUUAAUCAACCCUCCCAUUCACGAGAUAAAUGAAGAUAAGAUGCCCAGCCGUGACGUGAAAUAAAAUAUAUCAAUUUCCUUGCAAAUAGACGGCAGUUUCCCCUCUCGCUACCCAUUUUCGUCAUAUAUUCUAAAUCACACAGAAGGAGACUUAAGGUUAUCUUGAUCACAGAACAUUCGUUAUAACCAUUCAAGCAGCUACUUAGUAAGGGUUUCAUGUGCGUAGCAAUGUUCCACGGGCUCUACGCUAAGAUAUUCGCCCCUUUUAUGCGUAUAAAUGAACUGUCGGAGGAACUUUUCGACAACUGUCAAGGAGACACUAAGGACGUAGGCCAUACAUACGACCAUCCUUUAAUCAAAGAAUACGUUUUUAAAGUUCUCAGAUGGAUUAACCAAUGAAAGGCCUCAGUGAAUGAACUUAAAUAGGCUUAAGGGAAAGUAAAAUAUGUGUCUACCAAAAGCGAUAUGGCAAAGUCUUUUGUAAACUGAAUCAACCGCUGAUCAACGGAUUUUUAUCUUUAUUCGUACCAGGUCAUUAAAGCGACGACGAUUCUAUUAUUUGACGUCGUUAACAGUUCAAUGAGCAAAAUUAUUCGAGCUAUGUAUUGCGCUUUUUUCGAUAACACCUUAAAUGCAUCUUGCCAGUAUGAUUUUCACCACCCAUGCGAGGUGUAGAAAUUGUGAAAAAGGCUCAUGAACAUGAAAAUCGACCUGCUUUCUUGUAUUAUAAUCCAAGUUUCGAAGAAAGUCUAAAAGAUCUACAAUUCCUCCGUUAUAACAGAGACGGAAACGCACAAACCUUAUGAAAGUAUGAGAUAAACAGAGAGCGGUAAAGCCUCGGGCAAGUAAAUAAAUAGGGGAAAUGAGAUUUUGUGACGCACUGGCGACCACAUGAACAAGUUGCCUAAAGAAGAAGUAUCAACUCCUGCAUGCAAAUUGCCCAAGAAACGUCUCGAUUUCCUGCAGGAGUCGAGGAGACCCACCAUGGCAUGAUCUGCCAUGGAAUAACGUAAUCAUAACCGUCCAAGCCUGCAGUUAGAACUUUCCCUCUUCUACAAAAGGACCAGAUAAAAUCUCCUCACUUUGCGCAUACUGGUGGACCGGUGUUCCAUUCAUACAAACGAAAAUUGAUCACUUAUUUUGAACUGUUCGUGAAUCUGUCAUAAACAGUACUGAGCGUAACCUGCAAUUAAGUAAUCUGUUUUGUGUAGUUUCCUUCAGCAAAAGAUCACUCGCAUAAAAGAUGAUGUAGAUGAGGAUCAUAGCUUUUGAGUUCGCCCGAUAUUCAUUGUGCGUUACUGAAUCUCGGUCCCAUCCAUUACUUCUCGACUUGGCACUGACCAUCAAUAAUGGCAGAUUAUUUCGGAGAGGCCGCAUUGACAAACUUGACGGAAAUUGUCUCCUAUAUAUUAGAGGCACUCUAGCACAUUCGACUUGUGUUCUGAGCACUUCAUCUUUAUACGGGAACAUCUGUUUUGUUUCCGUUAGCUUUCCACGAAAUAGAAAGGCGUUAAUUGAGUGGGCAUGAAAUCCUUGUUAUAGCAAUAACGGCCAGGUGUGUGAACUCAUUUAAAAGGUUGCGCAGACUUAAUUCGACAUUUUGACUGAUUAACCUCCUCAGAACUGUAUCAAUAAUUUGGAGUAAAUCGGCCAGAAUUAGACUUUUUUGUCUCAACCCGAAAGUCGACAUAAAUAAUUGGGCAGAAUUAUAUAAGCUACCAAUCAUUUUGUUCCUGGAACCGACAUCAUCAACUUAAUUUCCCCAUUAUCUGAUGCAUUCCUCCACACAAUCAAUUGUGUACCUGCGAGUAUUCAGAAAAAGAUAAGCCACCUUACUAACUUGCACUUGACUUGAACUGGUAGAAUCCUUAACUUUCUUAUUAAGCUGUUAGAGGAACACCCUCAUCUACGACGUAAAUUCUUUUUAGUCGUUCUCGAGACUGGAUUGUUUCUUGCUUAUUGGAAAACUUCUACUUUUAUUCCAGUCCUUAACUCUGGCUCUGGCUCAUGUGCUUAUAAAACACCCUCAUUUGCUAAACUGCCCAAAAAUGACUGCAAUUACGAUUAGUAAUUUUUGUUUGGCCAACCAGGUCCAUAGCUUUUCCCAACAGGGCUUUUUGCGUGAUCGCUUUCGCAAAACGCGUCAUAUAUCUUUUCCAAAUCUACUCAUUUCUUUUCGUAAUAAGAAGUUGUCUGUGGUCAUUAUUUAUUUUUAUCUAUGUAAACCCUUGGAUAAAGUGCCACACAUAAGACGUUUAGUAAAACUGGAGACUUUAGGAAUUAGCAGGCCUCUUAUUGACUUCAUUAAUUCCAAUUCAUAAAAUCGAGGAAACGUUUUAAACGAUUCCUCACCUUUAAAUGACAGGAUGUUAUAAACCCUCAUCAAAGCUGCUGUGCUAGGUCGUCUUAUGUUUUGAUUUACAUUAAUGAUAUUUCUCGACGACUAAACACACCCAGUCUUUUGUUUAUGCUCAUGAUUUAAAAUACGCGUUUUCUUCUAACUUUACAUCCCAACGUUCCUCGGGUCCAAUUCACACCGAUUUUCUCGGUCUUUCCUGGUGGAGCUCUACACAGUCAAUGAUAUUCUCUCCAUCUACAAGCCUCUGCAUGCGUUUUUUGACCUGAAAACUACUUCAACCAUCGAUAUUUCAAGGCAUCCCUGUGACUGAAGGUUGUAUCAUCGAGGACUCCGUUGUAAUUUACGCAAGUAAUCCAGAUCGAUCUCCGCACGCCGACAGAAUUGUGGCUAAAACUGUCCAGAUUCGUACUUUACUUCUAUAUAGUUUUCGUGUUUUUGAAAUCGAAUUAAGACUUUAUCGUAUGUAUCUUCGAAAUAUGAAGGGCUCACCGAAUCAGUGGAAUUAAAUGGCUGACGUUUCGGACGACUUGGCCGGCUAUACAUUAUGAAAACGCUUUGUGUAAAAAACCGACCAGAUUUUUGAACAAACGGCCGAAUUAGUUGGCCUUGGGCCGAUCGAAAUCAAGCCCUCCGAAAAGUCAGCCCCUCAAUUCUACUGAUCCGGUGAGCCCUUCGUAUUUCUAAGAUUAUCAAACCGAAUCUCUUACACUUUCUAACCUGAUGCCAUAUGUAUGCCCUUUUCGUCCGUAAAUAUUACUGCCCAAUCUUUGGUAUAGUGAGCAAGAAUAACCGUCCAAAAUCGAAAAUAUGCAAAUUCCCUUUACUAGAUAACUCUUAAGGUAACUCCGAGGAGGGGUCGCCGUCUGAAGUUCACCUUGUCCACUUCAAUGUUCCUCUUCUUAAUCGGUUUAAACGGUUAUAAUCUCUCACCAGAAGUUUAGCUUUACUCAUUCUAGGCAUCGGGACCUUCGAAGAAGACGAUGUUUCCCAAACCCGACCCUCAGAAAAAUUGUCUCUGCCAUCUUGGCGGACACGUUCUAAUACGCUUUCGUUUCAAUCAUCGCCCACCCUCAGCAGGGCCCCUUUCUGGUCGAUGGGAUAUCAUUGUCUAACCAAUGUUUUCGGUCCCAACGAAGGUCUGCCACAUCCUAGUGCCUUCGCGCACAUUAUUAUGACGUUUUGUACCCUCUCACCGACCAGCCUUUAUAAAUGCACCCAUUCCCAAGGAUAAAUAGGUCCUCUCGCUCCACAUCCCUUCGCGAAGCCGUUUUCUACUCCUAAACACUCAACAGAAUGUGUGGGUUCCCCGUGAGCCACCCCGAGAUUCAGCUUCGGGACUUGCUUACCGCUUCGAGCUGGGCUAACCAUUCUAUCUAAAAACCUCUAAGUUGACCUUUUUUGCAUUAUUAUCACAAAUACUGAGCGCGGAUAGACGAAACGCCGAAAAACGAGAAAAACUUACUGAUUUACAUCGCACAGUUUCGAAAUUCAGUUAUACAUAUCAGACAAAUUUGACGUCGGUCAUUAUGGAGUGGGUUUUUGCAAACUAAAUCAGUGUUGAUUUUACGUUGAUGAUGCACUCCGGUCGUUUAAUAGUAAAAAACUAUUAUUCUUAUAAAUUACUUUCGCCGAUCCGGGAUCGUUUCCAUCAUAUUUGUUACAUAUACCUUAAGUACUCGUUUGCAACUUGCCACUUUUUCGCCCCCCUUUUAUAGUCUUCCCUGACAGCUUGAGUGCCAGUGCUUCCGUCGUACAAUUUUUGACCACUGCUGUUUAUCUGCAUACUAUCUACGGUGUCCUGACACAGCCCACGAUUGUUGACAUAAACAGAGCACUCCAAUGGUUUUCCUGGGUGCUAUACUCGUACACAUCUCAGCGAAAGACCCACAAAUGACUUAGAAACCAUUUGUUCGGGAAAAAUUUCUGUAACUGCGCUCGUGGUCACUUGGUUAAAAUAACUUUGUGAUUUUACUGCGCUGAAAUUAAGGCGGGCAAGACGGUUGCGCGGUGCGGCCUCGGGAUCCUACAUGUGGGUUGUAUUCUGGCCGCCUGAGUGAAUACUUGCAUGUUAUUUUGCAUUUUUUUAUAUCGCGAAAUUUCCAUUCUAGUUUUUACGUGCCUUAUAUCGAGCCGAAAUCAUUGUUAGCCGACCCUGGAAACACUGGGGAAGUCUUGGUCAACCCAAAUUUGCUACUUAUGCGUAGCUAAUUAUCUGAUUGGCUGACUGAGCACAACUGUUCUCUGGAGUGUUUGCUGGGCGGGUCGUGUCUGCUGCACUGCUGGCAAAACUCAGCCAAUCUCACAACUAGCCAGGCUAACCGUAUGAGUUAGUCUUGUGAGGGCUAAAGUUUGUCAGGGCUGGUGGGGGAGGGGUGUGUGCAGCAAGCAGAUAGAUAAUGGUGAAUAUAUUCACUGACACACACACACAUUUAUGUCUUAACAAAUAGUAUUUAAAGUAUGUAGUGGACACCACCAUUUCAAACAGCUGUGUCGAUAUACACCAGGAAAUGCUUACACUGCAUGUCCUUCGGGGAACGGAAAUCGUCAAAACAACUACCUUACCUGGAAAAUUCAGCAAACAGAUGACAGUUCGACUGUCGGUCCUGGCAAGGUCCAACGCGUGUCCCAUAGUAAUUUCGGCGUUGGGACGCUGACCUGCGUGUGAAUUAAAGUUAUAGUAGACUUGCGCGACAUCUACUACACUAUACUCAUCUCUCGCCUUCAUUCCCUGUCAUGGCGGAGUCAAGGAGGCGGGAGGCGAGGGAGGGCGCAUGUGACUGCCGCGGCCAGAACCCGUACCUGAGCGUACCGCCACACCAGCUCGGAUUCCACUGAGUGGGGCCAUCUCAGCCUGACUCUCAGUCCACCAGUCGGCCACUCCAUACAAACACUGGGCUGACUGUGAUGUCCGAGUUAUUCCGCCAGUUGACAGCCCUCUUAGCCACGGUUUUUAGCUUACCAUGAUUACUUCAAGCUUGUUGGAUUGUUACUAGUAAGCAAUAUGCGCUGAAAUUGUUGUCCUCACUCUCUUCCCACUCCCAGGCAUCAGUCCGCUGUCUAAACCGACCACUUGUCUGGUUCGGGGAGUGACCGCAUUCGUUCGGAGAGCCAUAGCUCGUCUGUGUGCGUUCCCUACACGACCUUUCCUCCCCCCCAAAACACAGACCACACCAGCGUUUCAGAUAAGGGGACGGACGGUUCCGAUUUCACAUGUGUAAGAGUGCCAUAGAGGUCACAUCAGGGAAGAGCCAUCGCAACCUGACUCGGUCCACCAGGCGGCCACUCAACACACAGACACUCAACUGCGCCGACUGUGUGAGCUAAGCCAAAUCGUCUGUUGACAACCUCUAAUCCCUGCUCUAGACGGCCAUUAAGACGAUUGAGAAGAAUGCGAGUGAAGACCUCCCGGUGAUGUUAAGCAGCCAGAUUCCUCCUUGGCUAUCACAGAGUUGCCGUUUUCCUUUCCUCUAGUAGAGGUGGACGAUAAUCGCGACAUUGAAAUCCCGAGGAGCUUUUUUUACGUCACCUCCUGCAAUAUCGCUAUAAGUUUGUCUGGCAUCCGGGGUCCGCCUUUUAAAUUUUGCCAACAGGUUCUGUGUUCAUCUCUUCCGCAAACUUUGACGCAGGAUGGCAGUUGUGUAUUGAUGCUUUACUCCGAACCUAGAACUAUCGGUUGUAUUAUCAACAUAUAUAAUAAGUCAGGUAGACUGUUUCGCGUUUACCUUAUCCGACAGCUACUGAAUAAUUAAACUCUUUGUUCUGUUCACUUUGCAUCAAGUCGGAUCAUGCCAGUUUCAAGACAAAGACAUGGCUUAGUAUGCUUCCCACUGAAGGGUAAUUGCAUGGCUCCAAUUUCUUCUGAGAGAGAAGGCUCGAAGUCUAGAUCGUUUUUCGUUUCCUAUUGGGGGGCCUGGUCGCUGCCGACGUCAGGGAUUUUAGAUAAGCGGUUGAGGACGGUUCCGACGUGAUCGCGCCAAUGCCUCGAAAUUAGGGAUUUCUCCGCAAGGAGUGUUAUUUCAUCGGAUUUGGGAAGUGGCACGGUUCUCCUGCUUGUGGGGCCGUAGACCGUCUUGAUUUGUGCAAAAAAUUUCUUCGUUUCAUUGCGGUCCUCGUACCUUUUUAUUUCCUCGGCCCUGCGGUUUAUCCAGGCGCCCUGCAUCUUCCGAAGCCAUUGUUACACAAGCAAAGAAGGUCGGCGAUCGAUGUUCUUUUUGGCGAGUACGUUGCUGAUAUCUGCCUCGUCGUCCUCAAAGCAGUGCAGUUAAAUGCACAAUUUUCGUGAGUGGAGAAAAUAAUACACAAUUCGUACCAAACAGAUAGAGCCCCCUUUUUUCGCCUAAGAUUCCAAAGCGUCCAAUUUACCGAAACCAGACUUCUUACCGAGAUUGGAUGGCAGUUAGCCAUACCUCCGUUGUUCGUCUUACAUACCAGAAACCGACAGCCGUCUGUUUCGUCAUUCUUUCGGAAUCUGUGGACUACAUCGUUAAGUAACGACCUUUCAAACUGCUCGCCCGUUCCAGUUCUAAUGUAUUCUACCCGAGCCUGCAGUAUAUUCCAGACAAACAUUUUGGUUGUUGUAAAAAGACAAUGCCGAUUUCCUAGACAAGCAUUACGAUUCGAACAGCUUCUCUGUCUCUGCUCUGAGUCCUCAGAUAUAGUGACGAUGGAAAGGACGUCGAAGUAGGCCUCUAAGACCUUGAGAAGAUUUUAACCAUGUGGUACUCUGCACCACGGUAGAUGUGAAAGUAGUUGGAAUUCGUCCGAAAACGCCUAAACUUAUAAGUGCCAGACCAGAGUACUCCCUAAAACCGACUGUUUCAGCAACACUAGUUAUCGCCUCAUUUUCGCACAGGUUCGGUUCCGCGGGAAAAAGUAACAACAGUAAAGCGUUAAAGUUGUCCCAAUUAUUUUCUUCAAAACUUUUUGUACUCUACAUAUUAAAGUAGCAGUGACUUAUGAGACUCUUGCGGAAAACGCCUUUUCAGGUUCGUUGAAACAAGUUGUGAGUUGCUUUCAGUAAAAUAACUGGUGUGUUGCAGGCAAAUAGCCAUAAUUUCGUUCACCUCUCUGGGGCUCGCUACGAUUUGGGCUCUCACUCAGUAAAACGCUCAAAAGCUAGGAUAAAUGAUAAGCAGUGAUAGAGAACUAAUGGCGGACUUCAAAGGGAAGCUGUUCAGACUUCACAAGGUUAAAUAAAUUUUUUGAACAACAAUCUUAAGAACCGCGAAUCCACUGGUUUGGGCUUCAGUUCUUUCAUCCGUAUCGAAUAACAUACUGAGUUUUCCUUCAUGUUAUCCCCCUCAUUACCUGGCCACUUUGUCUCUUCCAUGUUACGUUGAUUCUGACGUAUUUGCGUGUAUCUCAUAACUUGUCCUAUGGAGGAAAUAAAUAUCAGCUGCCGAAAUGUCCAUUUUCGUCUGUGUGUCGAAGUAGUAAUAUGGAAGUACAAACUCGGCCAGAAAACUUUCGCCUCUGAACAGACUCCAACGGCCACUCUGAAGUUCUGCUCGAGCGCUCGUUGCCAACAGGCCACCGCCGCCAGUCAGUCCCUAGGCGAAUGGAUUCUGUCUGAAUGAGUUUGUGUUUCUGUAGCCUGUCCCGUCCAAAAAGAUCGCUUUUUAGUGGAAUUUCGGACCAUAACAAAGUCCAUCUUUUAUAUGCCCCUAGCUGUCUGAACCCUCGAUGGCUCGCCUCUUCACCAAAAUGUAGAUAGACGGUGCUCUCCAGCAUGCACUGUUGACGUUGACGUAGCCUUUCCUUCGCGGAUGCAGUAGUAUUAUGCUAGGAACGCAACAGUCGCUGUGUCUUACAUUUUUAAAAAGGUAGAGAGGGGGCUUGUAAACAUUAUCACAAACCAAAUCCACUACCUUCUCUGAAACGUGGCACUUGUCUACUGCAUCUGUUAGUAAUCAGGUACAUACCCACGUUGUAAUAGAAGUGUUGGUCGCUGUCUUUCCUUUGCCGUGCAGUCCGACCAAGAUAAUUAGGGCAACUUACACACGACGCCAAUAUUUCCGGCCGCAUCGGAAGAAACGUGGGAUCCUCCCUUUUCAGUGCAGCACUUGGGCUUGUAUCAAUGCAAAUUAUUCUGACUUUGAUCCCGGGUCUCCUUAGUCUGAGGUUCUGGUAUGAUCGGUUGGCUACGGCGUUUUAAGAGGAGAUGGUCUACCCAUUCGUUCACUCUGUAGACCUUUCCAGAUUCUUGUGUACCUGACUUCCGUUUUUGUUUUCUUAACCUCUGAGUGACCAGUAGUUGAUAAGGAGGCGGAAAAUUGAACUAUAUAGUCCAUUAUUCAAAAAUAUCAAGUAUGUAGGUGCUGCAAGAGUACCAUGGUCCAAUUGUUUUAGAGGCUUUGUUUGGUCAAGACAUAGUGGACUCAUUGAUCACUUAGCUGUUGGGCAUCGACAGGUCUGCUGACAUGCCGCGUGCUGUUCUUAUCGCUUCACUUCUUUCCAGAUUUUGGGCCUACUGACGCGUUAAUUAUGCACUCAUCGCUUGUUGGUCUGCGCAUCAGCCAAACGGGAGAUUUGAAAACAGCCUACGAUGAUGCCGUCUCUAUGGGGUAAGUUGAUUCCAUCCUUUCAUUUAAGUAAUGCAGGUAUGCAUUUGUAGGGGCAGAUCUGUUCCAGCAUUCCGAUGAGCCCAAACUGACCAACGAGAAGAUUGAUGCUAUUUUGCCGGCCAUCCGCUCAGAUCAGAUCCACUCCGAAACUGGUAGCUUACUUAAAUAUGUAACCCCCAUCCUUCGUUCAGGUGACUCCAUUGCCGGAAACUUUGUUGGCUAUGUGUCGUCGUGGAUCGACUGUGAUGCGCCGGAUUCCGCCUUGCGCAAAGCUUCGGAAAAGUGUCUGCUGAAAGAGCUUCAUUGGGCUGCUCACCUCGCCCUGCGUGUUGUGUGCAUAUCCCUUAGACGACUGGCAAACCCCAAUCUGGCACGAAUCCUGACUUCUUUUACUAUCACUGAAUAUGCGCCAGUCAGGGUUUGUUUCGAUUGCUUUGUCAUCGAGCAGUCUUUAGAUUUGGAUUUCAGUUCCCAUGAGUCUGAUGGAAGACUCCUCCGAUGACGGCAAGGGUAAGCAGCUUGAACAACGAACGACAGCUUGACUUGUUUUUUUUUCUUUAAAUAUGGUAUAUAAUGAUGACUUGUUGCGUGAGUUGCGGUCGAAUUCUCCUGAGAUCUAGUGUUGACUGUACGACAAGUGUCACGCGGAACUGAUGACUUACCUCUCUUUUAUUGCUCCAAAGUGCGUUUUGCCGAUAUCUCCGUGCAUGGGCUUAGCUUUUAGGCGCAAUAAUAGAUUAGCGUAGUGAGAUCUGUUCUCCCGAUCGACCCCACAGGUGUCUCCAGUGCGAAUAUAGGUAGUGUCCGGCCGUAUUAACAUGUCACUGUGCUUUGUUGGCAAAUCCACAGAUUCCUUUUACAAAUUAAAGUCUUCGUAUGAUGGACAAAUUCGCUCUUUAAGCCACCGCGUUCGUGCAACCAUUGCGUUCUUUAUCAGCGAAAACUUUCUAGCAUUCUUUUUAAGUUCUGAAUCUUAGAGGCUGUGCGUCAUGUAAUUUCUGGGGCACAAACUCGUUUCACUUUAACUCCACUCACCCUCUUCACUCAUGCAUAGUUGCUUUUAACUGCUAUAAGAGCCUUGCGUUAUUAUUGCAAAGUUUUUAAAAGCGCGAUGGUAGUACCUCUACUUUCUAUGUUCCGUGUCUUUCUUGCUACUUGAGCCAAUCAGCUUUCAGCCUUCAGCUGGCGGUGCCCUUAUUGGUGCACAGUAGAUUGAACACAUUGUUUAGCGGUAAAAUCCUGGUCUAGGGGUUGAUUCAUAUUUCUGAUGUAACAACUUGCGCGUAAGUCGUGCUAUUAAAUCUUAAAUCAUCUGAUGGGGUAAUUUGAAACAUCCUAAAACAUCCAGAAAGUCUCCAUCAUCAGUCCCGUAGGCGUGCACUGCAUGUUUAACCAGUCACAAUCAUUGUGCGCAGUCGAAUGAGUCAUAAUUUUCGUACAAUGCGUUUCUUUCUACUCCGAACCCCUCACGCUUGCCAGAUGAGUCCUCAGACAUCUCCGUGAUUUACAUUUAGUCUCUUUAAAAGUCAAAUUGGCUCAUUAGCUUACAAAACUCCUGGACUUAAAACUUACUCACACCCCCCAUCGGAAAGACAGCUUCUGUUAAAUAGCAAACGCCUAACUUCCAGUUGGCUCGUUUCGAUUUUGAGCGUAAAAGACCGACCUCUUUACUUGCUGAGAAUCUGUUAAAAUCGUCUUAAACCCAGGUAACAUUGGUCUUUCCGGUCCGUUCUACAAUUGAUCAGUGCACAAGCUUAACACGGAGGAUUAAGCUGAUUGUGAAUACUACAGACUUGACGCUUUUUCUGACCAUUACUCGAGUCUUGCCCUCGCCGUCUUUCGUUUCGUCCGACUUUGCAUUUCGACAAUGGGUUUUUGAUACGGGGGGAGGAGAGUCAGCCUUUUUGACGUAAUACGGAAAAACUACCAUGGAGUGGGCAUAGGCUGACUCGCCAAGUAUUCGUGUCGUUAACUGGAUUUACAUUAGUAGCAAGCCCCAGCAUCGGGCUGGUCUGCGUCCUUCAUCCUGUAGGUAAGUCUCGAUGCGUUUGUUGACCACUCAAUUAUCGGGUUCUUACUGCUCGGCCGCGUCCCCGACCGUCUUGCCUCCAGUUUCUCUAGACUGCGUAACCAUCGAACGGCAAUUUUAUGCCCUCAGAGUCCGGCGUCUUGAUCGGUCUGUGCCCAGUUCUUCUCCAGCAGCGGACGUUUCCGCAACGCGCACCUUCUCAUCAAUUAGUUUGAUUUUACGUAACCCUGAGCCCAUACUUUUCCGCCGACCGACAUCGUUUUUGAGCACUGAUCAGCCCCAUCAAAGUGGACCAUGUGGCAACUAUUUUCCUGCCAAUAGUGAUGUCCACGGCAACGGACUUGUCAGUCCCCUCACUUGUCUAACGCAACUUCGCCUUCAUCUUGCAGCGGGACCAUACCAGUACUUUUCAAUUUAUCUGCUCUCCUUUUUACCCUUAAAUUCUUCACAUCUUUCGACUUGCUGAAAGCCGACAACUCUUCACCCUAUGUCACAUUUUAACUAUCUACUUACUUAGUGUGACAGACGUCCCCCGCUCUCUCUUUCUUUCUCCCUCCCUGCCCUUUAUUCACUCUCUGGCUAUUUUAUUUUCGCGCAGAGGGCGGGGACGCGUGCGAAUCCUCACCCUGGCACUGGUGGACCCAAUUGGUCAGCCUAGCAGGCGACACCUCCGAGUCCUUUGGCCUUCUUCUUGAGCUCGGUGCCGACCUACCGAGCGAGUCGGUCAUUAAGCGGUGGCUCAGUGAACCUGUCUCGUGCCUGAGUCUGUCCACCGACAUCUUCGUCCUCAAUUCCAAGGGCUAUCCAGUCCUCUCUGCAGCCCACCAGUCCGUCCUGCGCCGCUUCUUCAAGGUACUGUCGCCCACUGUUGUUGUUGCUUGUUGUUGGUCGGAAAGCCGAGCGACCGGAGUUUAUGUGGACUCCAGGCAGUGGAUCGAUGCAAUCGGGGGGUGGGGGGGGGGGCAAUCUGCGUGGACCUAAAUUUCGCAACUGCCACAUCGAGUGCCCUAUCCAUCGUUCCCCAUUUUAGAGAUAGAGACGUAGCACUGGUGAUGGUUUCGAGUGUGAAUCCGAAACGUCAUGCUCCCUCCAACAUUGGUUCUUUCUUUAGUUGGUAGAGUCAUAUGAGCUGAAUGAGUAGUUGUAACGUGAACGAAAGAGAGGAGUUGGUGGUGGGUUUGAUUUGUUUGUUAUUUCUGAUCAAAGCAAACCGUUGUUCAUCGUCCGCUCUCUUUUAGUUGAAUUCGCAAAUGAUGGUGCACGGUGAAUGCCAACACGAACGAGGUCUUACAGUGUUUCAGCAGUACAUCAACUGGCUUUGGAAGAGUGCCAACGAAAAUAAAACACUCUAUGAGAAGCAUUCUAGAGGACUGGAGGACCAACUGCAGGUAAUAUCUCACAUGCUUUUUCUGAUUAUUUCAACUGAAGAGAAACAGAAGUUGUGUAAGAGCGCACAGGACUUCGAUGAUUUUUAAUGGCCUUAUAAAUUCAAAUAUAUUUUAUGGAAAACAUGCAUAAAAUAUGCUUUUUUUACUAGUUUGGUAGCAAAUUACGUCGUCCUCGCAUUUUAUACUCGAAAAAGAGUGCGUGUCGAUUUUUUAAAAAAGUUUCCAAUUAUGAGAUUUUUUAAGACUGUGCAAUGUCCAUUCAUGCAGCAUCGUGCCUGUCUGUUUAUUAAUGCUACUCACGAAGUGUACAACACAGUCCGCAUCCAUUGCGAAAUUGUAUGAAUUCUACAUGGCGUCGUCUCAAAAACAUAGAGGGAUAUAUGAUUUUCAUUAUGCGGAAAGUAUACACCUUGUAGACUGAAAUCGCUGAAGGCUAACGCAGUGGCUGAUCUGGCCCAAAAUCAUUCGGAAAUUGGAAAACUUUUCUAAAGCCGAAAGAUACUCUUCGAGCAUAAAAUGCAAAGACGACAUGAUUUACUACAAAAUGACCGAAAGAAAGCACAUUUUCGUGUAUACUUUCUGUAAGAUAUGUCUUCAUUUAGGAGGCCAUCAAAAAGCAAUGUGAAACGUACAUGCUAUUUAAGUAGUCACUUUUUUCACCGAGGGCAGUUUUCACAGGUCAAAAAGAAGUGCAUUCAAAAGCCAACAUCCCCGCGAGUCGGAAAUACCCUAAGACUAUGCGACAUGAUAGUCAGCAUUACAACCCCACCCAAAUAACUCUUGCUAAUCAAAAACGCAUUUCAAAAUUUCGUCUAACACUUCAUGAGAUCGGUCAUUCAGUGUACAUGCAUAUAGCGCCGUUCUCACAGGUGAUCUUUGGUCAAAGUUUACUGGCGGAAAAAUGCAAAAACGCUGGCAAUAAACUGACUGCUUGCUAACAUUUCAGGAACCGCUUCAACCUCUUCAAGAUAAUCUAUCCUCUACAACUUACGGAGUCUUCGAGAUGGAUUCUUACAAGUACAAGGCCUACGAGGAGGUAUGUUCAAGUUAACUCUAUGUUUUCUCUUCUUCAGCGAAAUAGGUACAGUCGAUAGAUUUCAUGUGUCCAACGGGGUAUGCACUUGGGGACCUUUCAGCUGAUACAUGGCCCGCAACACGAUGGGGGGCACCGAUUGCUAAAAAGGCCCCAAGGGCUGAGAGGCGGUGUUCGCCGACAGUGUCUGUGCUGCCUCGCAUUCGGCAGACCGGCACACAAGUACAAACCUCACGCAAAAACUGUAGUCCCACACCAGGCCAAGCAUGCUGUUUCAACCGACACUCCCGCCUUUCCUGCUGCUGAGGAUGUCUUCUAACGAGCCCAGAGCGAAAACGCCUCAAGGCGGGGCUGUUCUGGUUUUACCUACGGACGGGAGAAGGAGGUGAUGUUCUGGUCUGUGGCCCAUACCAGUCAGCCGCUUGGUACCCAAAAUGGGGUGUGCACGGAAACACUAUUUCGUCAACACCAACAGCCUGCGAUGACGUGACUGUCAGCCUUAUGAAAGCCUGUGUGAUUUUUUGCAUCCUUUAUCGUCGAAAAGAUGUGUUCUCUCAAUGUCCUGCCUCUGUCCAAAUUCUGUCUAAUUUGGCGCUGUCGCUAUUAGUGGACAGACCUAGGGAGAGAGAAAGCGCGCGGCCCGAUAGUUUUCGGUGUCGACGGACUGAGCGGCGAAGGCAUUGACAUCUACUCGCAGAAAGUUGACCUCAUUGUACUUGAUGCGGCUGCGAUCAUACCUGAUCUAGCCGGCCUCGAUGUCACGAACUGUACCUCUGCACGCGUGACGAUCCGCGGCAGCAGAUCUGGACAGCUCAACCCAUUCCCUUCGCCAACGACGUAGACCGAAUACCGAAGGUCAAAGAACCACGUUCAUGUCUUGACGAACUGUGUCGAGUCAGGUUUUGAACUGACCGCCCCCCCCCCUUCGACGCCUCCAAUGGGGUUGCGGUGCCGGAUCGAGGGCAGUAACACUGAGCUCCUGAGGUGGACGACGAGGAACAUGCCCGAACCACCUCAGUCAUCCUUCUUGGAUGGCCCGUGUUAUCCUUGUGAUGUUGUCGCAGCGAGUGCGGACUGUCUCAUUUGAGACGAAGUCGGUGGACUUCACUCGAAGGAUGGACCUCAAGCAGUGGUGGUCAAAUACCUCCAGUUUUCGCUCGUCCUCCACGCGCAAAGCCCAGCAUUCACAACCGUAGAGAAGGACAGACCGGACAGAUGCACCGUACGUGCGAAUCUUAGUGGCGAUGGAGAGGUCCACUAAUCACUGGUUCAUUAACUAAAUGAUUGACCAACAUCGUCUCUCUUUGUUCAGGCACGUUCGGCGUCGUCCGAAGGACAAUUUACCCCGAAGGUCCUUAUUUACGGAGACUGCCUCUGGCCGGAAGAGAGGAGGAGUAGGAGCGAAAACCUGACUCGGCUGUUGAUUGGAGCCGUCUGACCGGCUGGGGAAGUUUUAACUCCCCAGGACCGCUGUCGGAAAUCGCGUCCAACAACUGUCCCUGGCCGCAUUACAGCUCCCUUACUAACACUGAUCCAUCAUCUUUACUAACGGUUCCCCCCUCGCCAUACCCUUUUUCAACCAGUAUUCCACUAUCCUUCCCGACCAGUAAGCUGACAGAUUGGCGCUCGUAACUGACUGAGGUUCUAGCAUUCUCCAACGGCACUGCCGCAGCAGAUGUAAUAUUUGCUGUCGUCAAAACUUGCACUGUCGUGUCUCUGUUCCCAACAUUUUUAUAGGCAACCUCAGAGUGAUUUGUUGCUGAGAGCAAAAGCAUUUUAUCCCGCCCUCUUCUUAGGCCAUCUAUAUGGCUCUUAUGGAUCGCUGCAGGAGGUCACAACCAGUCGCCUUCACCCCGGAGGACUUUCCCGCCCUUACGGACGCUUCCAUGAAGACAAACGGUGCACCUGCCCCCGGCCAAGACAAGCAGGUAAUCUUCAUCCUGGGUGCGGGUCGUGGACCCUUUGUUGCUGCCAGCUUGCAAGCCAGCGAACGAUCCGGCUGCCCCGUUCGAAUCUACGUGGUUGAGAAGAAUCCCAACGCCCUUUUCACUCUCCGCGUAUGUUCCCCCCCCCCUCCCCCCCACCGUUGGGCCUCCUUGGCCUUAUAGCCUUGUCACCCUAAAAAACGUUUCUUUUGAGCUCUGAUUUUUCUUGAAUUCCAUCAGCAUCGUCUGGAGACAGAAUGGAAGGGCCGAGAUGUUCACCUGAUGCCUGGUGAUAUGCGCCAGCUGAGCGCAGAUCUGGAGAAGGCGGACAUUUUUGUCAGCGAGCUCCUUGGCUCAUUUGGAGACAACGAACUCAGCCCCGAGUGCCUGGAUGGGGCACAACAUCUGCUCAAAGGUAAGCGUUCGCGGGUCGUUCCUGCCCUGCGCCGGACCAUGAUUAUUCCUCAAGCGGUAAAGAUGUCUUUUUCUCCGCCCUGUUCGCAGACAAUGGAAUAAGCAUCCCCUCGUCGUACACUUCGUAUGUGGCCCCACUUCAAUCGCUGCGUAUCCACCAGGAGGCUGCUUGCCACCGAGAGCUAGUGAGUUCUGUUCGGUUUGCUUGACUAUGCUUCUCACAAUGGCAGUUGAGUCUUGAGAACAUUGCAGUGUGGGUCUCGCAUCAUCAUCAUCGACUGGCGUACGAUUGGCGGCGAACAUUCAAGGUGACUGUAUGCGUGAGGCAAUGAAGAAGGCUGGUCAAACGCCGGGACCAUUCGCGUACUUGUCUGAGCUUUCCAACUGGUGCUGGGAGUCCAUCAUCAGGGGGUAAAAACAGCAACAGAGCAGGCGACAGUUGUAGGUCGUUGAUUGGCGAAUACCCUCUAUAACAAUUGUCAAGUGUUCUGUUGCUGCUUUCUUCUCUGUUGGGAAGCUCUGACAAAUAAGCAAAUGGUUCCGGCGUUCGACGACCAGGCUUCUUCUUCCUUCGUGCUUACAGUUUUGUUGCAUUGCCCGCGGAAGUCACUUCGUCCAGCUACCGCCUCUACUGGUCUGGGGGGUGUGGCGAUAAAACAGGCAGCGCUGUGGCUUCAGACCACAGACAGGGUUGCCAAACACGUGACACGCUUAAGACGGGUGUUUUGUGCUAUAGUAGGUGGGCUAACUUAUGAAAUGUCAGCUGAAAUUCCGAAAUGCGUUUUUGUUUCGAAAAGAUUAAUUAAGUAGGGUUGCAAAGCUUAUCAUCAUUCAGCAUUAUUCUAUAAUAAUUCAGUUACCACAGGAUGUCGACUAUCGAAUAAACUCCUUUUCGGCUGCAUGCAGAAACUACAGUUUGUAAAGAAUGACUACUUAAGUAACAUGUAUUUUGUCUUUGAUUUUCGAUGCCCUUAAAAGUCCAGUUAUAUUUCAUGGAAAACUUUAAUAAAAUAUUCAUUCUUCCGCUCAUUCGGUGGAAAAUUACGUCUUCUUCCUAUUUUGUACUCGAAGGAGGGACACAAUUCGGUUUUAAGUCUCUAAUUGUGAGACUUUUAGGUACCGUAAGAUGGCCAUUCAUAAAACGUCGUGUCUCUGCAUUUGCCAAUGUGGCUUGUAAAGUUAACAAUAUGGCGCAAAUCCACUGCUGCAUUUUAUGAACUCUCUUAAUGCCGUAGAGAAAUGUGGGGUUUUCCGUACGGGCAAAAUACAUGGCUUGUAGUUUGGAAACCCUGAAUGCAAGUGUGACGGCAGAGAGGGUUCAAAAUUAUCCGGGAAUCGGAAAAGUUUUUGAAAACAGAAUAAUAUCCUUCCGUCGAGUAUAAAAUUAGAAGACGUAAAUUCUUACCGAAUGAGCGGAAGAAUGAAUAUUUUUAUGGAUGUUUUCCAUGAAAUAUAAUUGGACUUUUAGGGGCAUUGGAACUCAAUGAGAAAGAUACAUGCUACUGAAGUAGUCAUUUUUUGCGGAGUACAGUUUUUGCAUGCAGUCGGAAAGAAGUUCAUUCGAAAGCUGGCAUCCUGAGUUAACCGAAUGAUUAUAGAAUUAUGCUGCAUGAUGAUUAGUUUUAUAAUCCUACUUAACUAAUAUUUUCGAGACGAAAACGCAUUUCGGAAUUUUGGUUGACAUUUCAUGAAUUAGCCCACCUACUGUAUAUCAGUCAGCACGUCAGAUCUUGUCUCCAGCUGACUUGACUUAGCCAGGAGGCAGAGCGAGGGGCAGCAGUAAAUCUGACAUUCUUAGGACAUCAGCUUGUCAGAUCUGACAGGCUGCUGCUGCUGAAAGAACUAGGUCCCAGAAUAAGGAAGGCUUUUGCAGCCUAGAGCAAACACGUCUGCAACCUCCGGUGUCGAUAAAGUACUCAUCUGGCGAUAAAAGUAUGGAGCUUGCAACCCCUUCCAGUACUGGCGUGCGUCGGUCAGAACAAUGCCUUUUUAAGCAGACUCGAACGAUUUAACUGAAUACUUAUUUUUUAAAAAGUCGGCGGCCUCGGUGGGACACGAACCCACGACGGAGGGGGUAUGGCUUAAAUAUAACCAGUGCUCUGGCCACCUGAGCUACUAGACUCCGGCCGAGAACCCAGUUUUUCCACUGUUGGGCUACGUUACCCACUGAUGCAGUCGGCUGACUGCCCAGGAAAGUUGGACUAGUGUGCACGAUGGCAGUUUUGAACAAUUUAAUUGAAUGCUAAUUGUGGAAAACCGCGGCAGCCUCGGUGGAAUAGAAUCGGAACUCACGACCGUCCUAUCCUUUCCGAAGCACUGUCUCGUGCUGUCGAAUUCUCGCCUCCCCCCGCCCCCGCUGUCUGUAUCCGGCCCCUUAUCUGCCUCCCAAUGAACGCAAAGUAAUGCGUCUUUAGGUAGCCUUCACACCGGGGCAGUUUUUCGGUGCCAAGAAGGCAUAUGCAAACGACUGUUUUACGGUUUUUACUGACAACCAAUAUGCCCUAACCUUUCACGUAUGCACUGCACACCCGAGCCGGCCUGGCGCGUGUCAUAGUAUGGGCCUCCUCCCGUGGCCUGUUGACAGGGCACUUUGUAAGGUCUGGCUUUCAACUUAAAAAGGAAAGUCUAUCGUCUCCUGCUGCCGAGGCCCCUCAGCCUCCCCGCCCCGCCAAGCCAUUUUCUUUCAUCCUCCCUCGAUCGCGGCCGACAGGACGCAGAUCCGUGACUCAGGCGGUAGAGCGCUUGACUCAAGUAGUCGAUUCAGUUCCGUAUACUGGAAGGGUAAUAGGUGUUGCCUUUGAAGGACCUUUUUGCAUGAUGCCAAGAGGCUCGUGUAGGCACCAUAGUUACCGUGAUGACAAACCAGCAGGACGGGUCUGUUAAGAUGACAACUUAACCUGCUUUCCACCCAUCACAUCACGCUGCUCACAAUAUUGUAAUGCCUGUCGCAUACAUGUUUGCGGAACCCACUUAUUAUCAAACAUACACAAUAGGUCUGUCACUGAAACCCCAGCAACCACCAAGCGAGGCAGCACAAAUUAUCGGGGCAUUAUAACUGUUGUAGGUAUAAAUGUUGACCAGUUGUGCUUCAAAUAUCUAAGAACUCCUCAAAUAGUCUGUAUUGUGGACGCUUUUUCGGUUUGUUUUGCAGUGUAGUUCCCAUACUCGAGUGCAGAAGCCCCUCGAAACGCCGUACGUCGUACGCCUGCAAAACUUCCAACUCCUAGACGACCCCAAAGCCGCCUUUACCUUCACACACCCGCGUAAAAGUGGCCCAGUCGCAGGUCUGGCCGAGGACAAUUCGCGCUUCACCACGUUGGUGUUUACUGCCAGCCAGGACGCAAUGCUGCACGGAUUCUCGGGCUACUUUGACGCCGUUCUAUUCGGGAAAAUUGACCUGAGUAAGAAGUCCUCUUGAGCUCCGUCAUCAUCCUCACUUGCGCUUUUGCCUCCCCUGUGUGUAUAGGCAUUCAUCCGCAGCAUCACAGCCCCAACAUGUUCUCCUGGUUCCCUUUGGUCUUCCCCCUGGAGACGCCGGUGCCCGUAAGGACUGGUGAGCAGAUCGUGCUGCACCUGUGGAGAUGUGUUUCCACGCGUCAUGUUUGGUACGAGUGGGCCUUGACAGCUCCGGUCACGACGAAGGUACACAACGCGGCCGGAUCGGCCUACAAGAUUGGUCUUUGA